CAAUUCUCCAAACAACUUUCUUCUCUACAAAUCUUUCCACAACCAACAGCAAAAUGGCCGACGAACAACCCCCCACCCCCGCCGAGCUCGCCCGCCGCGAGGAGGAAGAAUCCGCCCGCAAAGCCCGCGAAGCUGCCGAACAAGCCCAGCUGCCUUACAAAUGGACCCAAACGAUCCGCGACGUGGAGGUGACGAUCCCCGUAGCAUCGAACAUCCGCGGUCGGGAUUUGGAUGUUGUUCUCACGAAGACGAAAAUUCGCGUUGCGAUUAAGGGACAGGAGGCUUUUAUUGACGGCGAAUUUCCCCACCCAGUCAUCCCCGACGAAUGCUCCUGGACCCUUGAGUCGACAUCAAAACCGCCCGGCAAGGAGAUCUCGAUCCACCUGGACAAGGUGAACAAGGUGGAGUGGUGGGCGCAUGUUGUGACGAGUGCGCCGAAGAUCGACGUUACGAAGAUUACGCCGGAGAAUUCGUCGUUGAGUGAGUUGGAUGGCGAGACGAGGGCGAUGGUCGAGAAGAUGAUGUAUGAUCAGAGGCAGAAGGAGAUGGGUGGGUUGACGAGUGAUGAGCAGAAGAAGAGGGAUAUUUUGAAGAAGUUUCAGGAGGAACAUCCUGAGAUGGAUUUCUCGAAUGCGCAGAUCGGUUAGGUAUAUAGUGAGAGGUAUAUGAAUUAUGAUGUUGUUGGAAUUGUAUGUUAUGCUGGUAUGCUAUGCUGGUGGAAUAUAGCUGGCUUCCGUAUUAGGACUAGUCUGGUCAGGCACUCCCGUGAGGCUGGCUGCUC